AUGGAAAAACAAGAAGCUAUCGUCGAUUCUGAUCAAGUGAAGAAGCCUAGAAAGAGAUUUGUUGGAAAAGCCAAAAAGGCAGCAUCAAAUGCAAACAAUGAGGCUGGCGGUGCCAUUGAAGACGGUGCUGUUGGAUUUGCAAAGGCACCAAGAGCCCGCAGUAGCCGAGUAGCUAACCAAGUGCCCGAUGAAAUCUUGAAUGACCCUCUCUUGAACAAAUCACUGGAAACUAUGCCAUCAAAUUACAACUUUGAAAUCCAUAAAACUGUCUGGAGAGUGAGAAAAGCCAAGGCCAAGCGAGUCGCACUUCAAUUACCAGAGGGUUUGAUGAUGUUUGCCUGUUUGAUUGCCGAUAUCCUCGAAAUUUUUUGUGAUGCGGAAACUUUGAUUAUGGGCGAUGUUACCUAUGGUGCAUGUUGCGUUGACGAUUACACAGCCAGAGCAUUAGGAUGCGAUUUCUUGGUGCACUACGGCCACAGUUGUCUCGUGCCUGUUGAUAUCACCACCAUUGAAACACUCUAUGUGUUUGUGGAUAUUGGCAUUGAUACACAACAUUUCAUUGCUACAGUCAAGAAGAAUUUUGAAAAGGGAAGCCGACUUGUUCUGGUAGGCACUAUUCAAUUUGCAGCAGCAUUACAAGCAUCCAAAGCACCCUUGGAAGAGGAUUUCACAGUAUUCAUUCCUCAAUCCAAACCCUUAUCACCAGGAGAAAUUUUGGGUUGCACAUCACCCAAACUCACAGACAUGGACUAUAUUGUGUGCAUUGGUGAUGGUCGUUUCCACUUGGAGUCCAUCAUGAUUCAUAAUCCUGAUUUACCCGCUUUCCAAUACAAUCCUUACGGCAAAACCUUCACUCGCGAGAGAUACGACCAUUUAGAGAUGCAUUCACUUCGCAAGCAUGCUAUUUCUGUAGCCAAAGAGGCCAAGAAGUACGGUCUUGUGUUGGGUACAUUGGGUCGUCAGGGCAAACCACAAAUCUUGGAAUAUCUGGAGCAAGCCAUCAAGGAGCAAGGCAAAGAAUCUGUCAAUGUGUUACUAUCUGAGAUUUUCCCGGGCAAAUUGGAGCAGUUUGAGGAUGUGGAUGCUUGGAUCCAAAUUGCAUGUCCAAGAUUAUCUAUUGAUUGGGGUUACGCAUUCCCUAAGCCUUUACUAACACCGUAUGAAGCAUCGAUUGCAUUAGGAAAGGCAGAAUGGCAAGACGUGUAUCCUAUGGACUUUUACGCAAAUGAUAGUUUGGGCCCAUGGACGCCUAAUCAUGGUAGAGGUGUACCACGAAAGAGAAGAACUGUAGUGGCAUCAAAGUAA